AUGGCAGGAACUGUUUCAGAAAUUGCUGCUAAGGCAUCUAUCCAAGCAAAAGAAUUUAUUGAAAUCCCAGCGGAUAACAUAUAUGUGUACAGAUUGGAUUUUAAGCAGAUUAUGUCCAAACUGUUUAAAUCUGUAUACACACCAGAAAAAGAUGACUUUAUAUACAAUAGCAUAAAGAUCAGGUUCUUUGAGGGUUGUAUUAUAGGAAUAUUAUUAAUUGUGAUGUUAUUUCAGUUGUACGUGUUUAUUAACAACAUGCCUGUUGUGGAUUUAGAAAUAAAAGGAUUUAAAGGAGAAUAUGACUCACCCUUUCAGAUGAGCGAUGAACAAAAAAAAAUCAGAGAAAAAAUGAACUGUGCAAUGUUUAGUCUUGCUAACGAAAAAUCAAAAAAAGAUGAAGAUUCGUCAUUUGAUGUAAAUCAUUUGAUUAAAGGAAUAUCUUAUGAAUUAUCAGCUGAAUCGUGUGCACUAAGUAUGCCAGAAUAUAUUGCUAAGAAAUUCACAGCUGAAUCUGGCAGUAUAUUAAAAACUAUAUCAAGUAUUGCUAUAGUAUUUAUAUUCUUUAUUAGAGGGACCGGUAUAUGCACUAAUGCGUUUACAGCUAUGUUAGAGUCAAAUACAUUCUUUGGUUCAUUUAUUGUUGGAUUACAAAUUGCAUUGCAUCUAUCCAUAUUUACUAUAUUUAUAAUAAUGAUAUUUGAUAAGAACGGUAGAGUAGUUAGUACACUAAUUAUUGCAUUUACCAAUAUCAUUACAUAUGGUGUUGCAUGUGUUAUUAACGGAAUUCAAGAUGGAGUGAUUAAAGCUAUAUUCGCAAUGUUUAGUUCAGAUAUGUUUAAAAAUGUAUUUUUUUCAUUUUUUGGUAUAGUGUUACAUGGAAUAUUGAAUUUGUCAUUGGAAAUAGUAACAAGCUCAGACGCCGAUUCUAUAGUAGAUUUUAAGGGAAUGGGCAAUUAUACUGCUCUUAUUAAUGAUGCUAGCAAAUUAAAAAAAUAUAAAACCGAAGCAAUGAAAGGGCUGGGUUUAGUUGGGAAAUGGAAUGAUCUUUGGGAUAGUGAUAUUAGGUGUAUAGAGGCAUGUAGUGCAUUUAAAGGCAAUUUUUAUGUAUUUAUAGGAUUUGUACUUCUUUCCUACAUUAUUAUUUAUGAAGUUGAUAUGACAUGGAUUUAUAAUACACUAUUAUACGCACCAGACAUAAGGCCAUUUACUUCUAUUCGUAGAAAUAUAACUACAAAAGGGAUUCUUAAAUUUAAAUUAAUUACAUACAUAGGUGCUUUAGUUGGCUGCUGGGCUUUAUUCCGCAUUUUCUCCAUGUAGAAUAGGUCCAUAAAUGGCUGAAUUCACACAGUAACCC